AUGAGCGGUCAGAUCGUUCAGACCACCCCAUACAACGAUACCGCCAAGGCAGAAGGAGAUGUCCCAUACAACGAUACUGCCAAGGCAGAAGGAGAUGUUGAGCAUAUUGAAAAGGCCGGAGGCGUGGACUACAAAGCAGGGGCGAUGGAGGCCGAAAAUGCAGAGCAUGCCAUGACGGUUUUGGAGGCUGUCAGGGCAUACCCUAUGGCUUGCUUUUGGGCUUUCAUCAUGUCGUUUUGCAUCGUCAUGGAGGCCUACGAUGUCUUCUUGAUCGGCAAUUUCAUCGCCAUGUCGGAAUUCAAAACUCGAUACGGUAUCAUGGACUCGACCGGCGCUUAUGUGAUCGCGACCAAAUGGCAAUCAGCGCUGCAAAUGUCUGGUCAGCUCGGCGCUUUGAUCGGUGUCUUCCUUGCUGGGCCGCUCACCAGUCGUAUUGGAUACCGUUGGGCCACAUUCUCAGGGCUCAUGGUUUUGAACGGCUUCAUCUUCAUCAUGUUCUUUGGCGACUCGCUCCCCGUAUUUUUCGCUGCUCAACUGCUCGAGGGCAUUCCUUGGGGCAUCUUCAUCGCCAAUGCACCUGCCUAUUGUAGCGAGAUUGUCCCUCUGCGACUCCGUGCUCCGUGUACGCAGAUGCUGCAAAUGUUCUGGGCUAUCGGAGCUAUCAUUGUUGGGGCGGUCACAUAUGUCUAUAACAAGCGGAUGGACACAAUGGCACACAAACUACCUAUCGCUUUACAAUGGCUGUUCCCAACACCCCUCGCCAUUCUCAUCUUUCUUGCCCCCGAAUCACCCUGGUGGCUUGUGCGCAAGGGUCAUUACGAUCGGGCUGCACGGUCGAUUGAGCGUCUCGGUACCAAGGCGAAGCUCAACGCAGCGGAGAGUGUUGCCAUGAUGCGACGAGUUGUCGAGAUGGAACAGUCCGCUACGGCGCCAAGCUACAUCGAACUGUUCAGAGGCAGCGAUUUCCGGAGGACGUUGAUUGUUUGCUUUGUCUACGCGGCUCAAAACCUUACUGGCAACUUGAUCGCGAAUCAAGCCGUUUACUUUUUCGAACAGGCUGGUAUGACAACCGACACUGCCUUUGCUUUGGGUCUCAUCACCUCGGCACUGCAGAUGGUCUUUGUCAUGGCAUCAUGGGUCCUCACCACCUACUUCGGUCGACGCACUCUCUAUCUGUGGGGUUCCGCCGUCAAUACAAUACUGCUCAUAGCCCUGGGUAUCGCUGGGUCGAUCGGCUCGUCGCACUCGGCACAAUACGCCCAGGCUAGUCUGGGCCUGAUCAUCUCCGUCUUGUUCACCUUUGCCGUUGCGCCUGUGUCGUGGGUGUAUAUCGGAGAGACCUCUGCUAUCCGCCUGCGGCCUCUGACAACUGGUAUCGGUCGGGCCUCUUACUAUAUCAUAGAGAUUCCAUGCAUCUUCUUGGCUUCGUACAUGCUCAACCCCACGGGAGGCAAUCUCGGCGGCAAAUGCGGUUACGUUUGGGGAGCAACCGGUCUCAUCUGCUUUGUCAUCGCCUUUUUCUGUUUGCCUGAAAUGAAGGGACGAUCAUACCGAGAGAUAGACCUCUUGUUCCGACGCGGUACCUCCACUCGAAAGUUCAAAACUACCGAGAUCGGUGUGGACGAAGACCAGUAG